AGACCAAGCAAGGCCAAAUAAGAUUACGGCUUGUAUCGCUUCCUGCACCCCAAAUUACUCUACAAAAUCAUCUUGCUCUAUACAGCCAAUCUAUAGCUGAAUGGCCGAAGCGUCAUUUAAGGACAUUCCAGAGCUAUUUGAGGUUGAUUUAGGCGAAUCAUUAACAGCGCGGACGGAAGCACUCUCUACAUUUCGUGAACUGGGACCGCCAGACUUGUGUCAUGUUGUAAAGAGUACAGGGCGAAGUGGACAGCGAGACCUUGGCUCGUAUCAUUAUAUCUCUGGCGUCGAUGCCUCCUCCUCAGCCUCCCUUGCGGCUUACAUCAAUUCACUCACAUACGCCAUUGAAGACAACUCUGCCUGGUUCAGCAAAGGGAGUUCCUGGAAAGUCAAAAACGGUUGUUACUGCUGCUUCAAUGCCUUUUCGCGUGUCGAUAUCCGAGUGGACGUGAAGAUACCUGGUGGUGUCAACGCGUACGCCAUUGAUCUCAGAGGAGAACGACAUGAAGCUACGCAAGAACUAUGGCAAGAAACCUACGUUUCUGCUCUACUGCGUUCGAUCCUGUACUCCGAUGACCCCAACUACUGGCUCGACGCGUACCGCAAGCUCGAUCCAAUCACUAGUCCCGACAGCGAAAUACGAUUUCUACAAGCCGCUGAGGCGCUUUUCAUGAAAGGCUGGCAAGUUGGUUCUGACCCAGAAAUCCAGGUCGCUACCGUCGUAUCCAACCAUCUAACAGCAGGAAUCAUGAAGUAUUUCGGUGACAGCGGGAGAUAUCAACCUGCUGCUAAUUUAUUCGAAAAAAUUGCCAUCAGAGAACCAGAGGUGGCUAGUCUCUUAGCCCGGAGUUACAUUGGAAUGAACGAAGAAGUAAAGGCUGUCCAAAUUAUGACCUCCUCUAUCCGCCAAACACCCUCUUCAUACACACUCCUACAUGCCCAAUGUGACCUCCUCCGAUCCAAAGGAAAAAACGAUUGGGCCGUCAAACUCGCUCGACAAGCAGUCAACUGCGCUCCGUCCGAAUUCGUUACAUGGGAAAAGCUCACAGAAUGUUGGAUCGAUUUGGGCGAAUUUGAGUCGGCACUGUUAACGCUCAAUUCCUGUCCGAUGUUUACCUUCAACGGAAGGGAUGUUCACAGGAACUUGACUCCCGCGAGGGUUCAUCUACCAUUUGCAAGGCCGAUUGGAGAGAUUUUACCAGAAAGGGCGAAGACGGAAGAUGAUGAGGCAGAUCCUGCUCUCCUCCGCCUCCCAGCGCCAGGUCUUCGCGGUACUUGGGCUCGUGCGUACGCCCUGCUUACCCGACUCGUAUCUCAAAUUGGCUGGGAUGAACUUCUGAAAACCCGGAGCUGCGUUUUCGUGAUGGAGGAAGAGUAUCGCAUGCAGAAAGCACAUGGAGAUAUCUCAGCUGUUGCCAAUGGAGCUGGCAAGGCUAUUCACGAAGACGGUACAGUUCGAGAUUCGAUGAUAUCGUCGGACAGUGCCACGCUUGGGGAUCAAGGGAUUGAUGAUGACAACGCGUCAACGAGGGGAAUGGUGUCGCCACAUAGUCCGCGUAAAUCUGGGUCGUUGGAUGUCAGUCCUGGUGCCUUUGCCAAUGGGAGUACCGUCUCUAUCGCCUCAUCCAUAACGAAAGUCGGGCUGGGACUGGAUCCCAACGGAGGGGCUUCAUUAACCGCAACAAUUCCCACUAUCCGAAUCUCGACCGAGUCUGAUCGGGACUUUGAUGAGGAUGGGAACGCUACUGACGCUUCACCAAAGGGAAAGGAUGUCAAUGGCGACGCCCCCAAGGCAACUACAAAUGGUUUUGAUAAUUCAAGGGAUGUAUCUGAAUUUGGAUUGGAGAAACCCGCACAGGCAGCGGCGGGGACUGAGGAAGGUGGUCUUGGUGAUGAUAAGGAUAAAGAGUCAUUACAUGAGUCUCCUUUACCUUCCACGCAAACCCAAUCCGGAUCAGAAUCAUUCUCGUUCAGUAACAAGAGGUUAUGCGAACGGUGGUUGGAUAACUUAUUCAUGGUGUUGUACGAAGAUUUGAGGGUGUGGACGAUCUUUCGCGCAGAGGUUGCGCAUUUCAAGACACAGCAUGUAGCGUAUAGGAAAACGGGUUUGGAAUGGGAGAUCCUCGGGGAUUUGGGGAUGAGGUUGCAUCAUAAGGAAGAGGCAAAAGAGGCUUACCAACGUUGUCUGGAUACACCGCGGUACUCACAAAAACCAUGGGCAAAGCUUAUGGACAUGUAUGCUGAGGAAGGCGAUAUCCAGCGUUGUAUACAGACAGCAAUCCGUGUAGCAGCGUAUCAAUGGGCAGAUUAUACCGAGAUGACGUAUCCAACUCAAAUCGCUCGGGCUUUCUUCAAGCUUGGCCAGCUCCACGGACAUGCAAAGAUAUCAUAUACACUUAUGAGUAUGGGUCUUCCCGACUCGAUCUUGAAGAUUAUGGAUAGCUACUUACAGUACGGGAAGACGUUCAAAGUUGAAGGAUAUGAUUUUUAAUUUCUUAACCGUGAUGUUUGGCAUUGCUUUCCCUUGCCAAGGCUUCCUUUGGCUUUUUCUCUACGACCCAGUAUCCACUUUCUGUUACUUUUCUAUCCAUACAAUGGAGUCCCUUUAGUAACCUACUGUCACGUAGGUAUAACAUUAUACAUUAUCAGGAAAUUCACUUGCGGCGAGAAAUUAUGUACUGUACAUACGCCCAAACGGUAGUCGAAUAGCCGCGGCC